AUGCUCCCAAAUCAGAACCAGAAAGAAAGAAUGGUGGAAAAGGGUCCAUGGUCUUGCAAACCUGAAGAUCUGUUUUCUCCGUGUAAUUGUGACUCAGGCAAAGAACAGAAAAGGCCAGCAUUGCCAAGUAUGUCUGAACGUUGUUUUAAGAGCAGCAAUAUAGAUUCUAGCAGUGGUGAGCUUUGUGCAAAUGAUAGUAUUUUAGGAAACAAGAGUUUGAUGGAGGAUGAUAGUGUGUCUCAAUAUUCAAUUAAUCAUAUAUCUCAACCUGACAACGAGCUUAGCUUUCUUGAUACUGAUAGGUGGCUUGAUAUAGACAACUUUGAAGAUGUUGACAGGAUGAUGUUAAAUUAUGACUCGACUUUUGGAAUGGGGAGCCUCAAUAAUGAAGAUGAAUUCUGCUGGCUCUCUUCAUCACAUGGAACUGAAGGACCCGUUGGCGAUGCCCUGAAAUGUGAGUUCAAGUUUUCACCUGCUGAUGCAAGUCCACUGAAAAGUAUAUCAGAAUCAGAUUAUAAUAUGGAUCUGAAGGACAAUAUUGAAGUUCCUACUUCAUUGUCAACAUUUGGGGAAUCAGAUAUGACGUCGGGUAUUACAGAUGACUUGAUGCCUGAACAAAAGAUACAAGGGCAACUGUUAAAGCAAUCAGCGGGAAAGAGAAAAAAUAGCUGUCUAAAAGAUGGUGAUUCUGAUCAUCCGUUUUCCCACGAGGAGCGGCAUGCAAAUCUGAAGCAACCCUAUGGAGCCUCUUCUAGUGAGAUGCAAACUCCUUCAAUGCACCCAGAUUGCAGCCAUACUUCAAAUUAUACACCCCUCCUUCCUGCCUCAUCUGGAUCAAGGUCUGAACACGAUGAAUAUCCAUCAUAUGCAUUAAACAUGGAGAGUUCUCAUGGUCAUCCUUUGGAGGCUACUUCCUUGAAAACAAAUUAUAAGGAAGAAAAUCAAUAUCUUUACAAUGAUGCAAAACUUACGAGUAGGGGUUUCAAAAGUGAAAAUAUGCAAUUCAAAAGUCCAGGUUCAGCUCAGAAGGUAGGACGUCAGUUUGAAAAUGUGAAAGAAGGCCAUAGUGAAGUUGGAGAAGUUAACAUAGGAUUUUCACCAGAAACAGAGUCCUCAAAUGUGCAGGAAAGUUCUUCAAUGAGCUCUGCAUUGGAUGGAAUCUCACAUGAAGCAGCUAGCUUUCGCCAGUUGCAACAGGUCCUGGAUCAGUUGGACGUUAAAAUCAAACUAUGCAUAAGGGACAGCCUGUACCGCUUAGCCAGAAGUGCUGACCAAAGACAUAUUGAUGCCAAUGCAAGUUCUUUAAUGGGCGAUGAUGUUGAAGCAUCUAAAGGAGUAAUGACACACAGGUGUACGGGAUUUAUGAACAUGGAAACUACUACAAAUCCCAUUGAUCGGUCUAUAGCUCACUUGCUGUUUCAUAGGCCCUCAGAUUCAUCAAUGUUGCCUCUAAGUGAUACUUUAAAAUCCAGCUCCAUGCAGAUACAAGGAUCAGCGACCAAUCCACCAAUAUUUACUGAGAAACAGGUUUGUCAGGAAGAAUCUGCUGCUGGAGAAGAAAAUAAAUCUUGA